CAGUUCUUUGCCGAAUGAGAUUCCUAUCUCGUAAUUUAGCUUAUCCCUGGUCUAUUUUAGCUAGCUAGCCACCCAAUCAAUGUCUAUUAUUAUUCAAUUUUAUUAAUAUCGCCAGCCUAUCAUACACGUUGGACUUAGUUUCUUUUUAAAACAUAAUCAUGAAUACGAUGAUAAAUCGGGGAAGUUUUCAGACCCAGUUAGCUUCCAUUAUGGAAAUGCUAAGCAAAGCUGCUGUGGUUGAAAUCGGUAAACUUGUCGACGAGUGCUCGGCCGUUCUACGUUCUGAAAUAUCCCAGCACAUGAAUGAGAACGAUGCAUUAAAGAAGAAAUGUUAUCUGCUAGAGAUUGAAUUAAAGACUGUAAAACUCCACGAGCGUAAAAGGGUCAUUGCCAACCGUUGUCAGAAUGGAGUUCAGGUCUCGGGACAAAUAUUUACGCAUCGAGCAACAGAGAACCGAGAGAAGCAGUCUGCCCCCGCGAUAGAGAGUGUCUUUGGUAAGGACUGGUGCAUGGAUCUAUGGAGAGAUGGGGAGUCAAUCCCUCAGGAUAAAGAGACAACAAUUGGAUCGGCCAUCUUGGGCGAUGAUGGGGUCACUCAGGCAAUAGACUCGGAGGACAAUGAGCCUGACUUGGUGUUUAUCAAAGAAGAGCUGUUUGAGGAUCAGCCAGUGGACCAGCAGAGGGGACAUGCAAGCAACAGAAAAAGGAGCGUAGCUGUGGAGGAUGCUCCAGCAGUAGAGCGAGCAGCUGCCAGUCAACUUCACCUAUACAAGGGGGACUUGAACACAUACCCUGCAGGCAGCCAACAGGUACAGCCUGACACAGAGCAGCCCACAUCCAUUGAGAGCCUCAUGGAAGAUCCCACUCUGGCUGGUCUGGUUGACCACACAGCAGUGCCUGGCCCUGACACAGCCGAUGGGAUGUACAUGGACUAUCCUCCCCGCAACACAUACGUACCAAGAAACCGGCCAAGCCACCAGCAGGGAACUGGAAAAGACCUGAAGCAGCAGUUUGACUGUUUGUUUUGUGGGAAGAGCUUUGGUUAUUUGAGCUACUUGAAAGUCCACAUCAGACGCCACUCUGGAGAGAAACCGUUUGGCUGCACCGUUUGCGGGAAGCGCUUUGCUCAGAAGACGUACCUGAAGCUGCAUCAGCGUACACACUCUGGGGAGAAACCUUACAGUUGUACAGAGUGUGGGAAGAGUUUCUCUCAGAAGAGCUCGUUGAAUGUCCACCUCCGGAGUCACACCGGGGAGAAGCCUUAUAGUUGUGUCGACUGUGGGAAGAGCUACACCUAUAAACACGGUUUUAACACACACCAAUGUUUCAAUUAAUUAGAUUUUAAAUUUACAUUUCAACCUUGUUUUGAAAAUUGGCAACAUCUUUAACCGUAUUGUAAUCAUGGUGGUUUUCGGUAGGUAGAUUUUUUUAAAAAUAAUAUAAAGUUAUCAUUUUUGCUACUGUGUGCCCUAAUGAACAUGAUCAAGCUGUUACUCUUCACUACAUGGCAGAGAACUGUUCCAUUCAAGUUUUCACUCUGCUCUGUCUGUAGGAUUGCACACAAACACUGCCUUGUUGUCCCACAAUUGGCAAGAGACUAGAUGCCCCACUGUUAGAUGAAUAGACAUUUUUGAAAUAUCUCUAAAGACAUGUACUGUUUGUGUUAAACAGUGGUGGUCCAGAUACCAGUUGUUUGUGCUACUGUGAAGAAUGCCAGUGUAGUAGACCGGUCAUGUAAACAUGUGCCAAAUAAUUAUCUGUAAUGAAUUAAAUGGGUACAGUAAUACAUUUACUUAUUUGUACUCCAUAUGUUAUAAAAAUGUAAACAUGGCAAUGAUUAAAUGAUUGAAAUUGUAUACCA